GGACCAAGUUAUAAUUUUAUCAAAUGUUAGGGAAUAUAUUGUAUAUUUACCCCAUGUUAAAGUUUAAGGAUGAGUUUGUUCUAGUGUUCAAACUUCAAGGACUGUAGUUGAAAUAUACAGUUACUCUCUGUUCAACACUAUACACUGAGGACUGUGCUUAAAGAGCACAAAGAUCAAAGCUUUCAUAACGCCAAGAAUUUAAGAGCCUGAAACUCAAGAAUCAAGAAAUCAGCAGCAGCGAAUCCCGGCCGCCAUGGGCUUACUGAACCUGCUCCUUCUCAUGGCUAUGGUGGCCACCAACAUCCUCUCCCUCUACCACCUCUCUGCUCGCACUUUUCAAUCCCCAAGACCGCCACCUCCCUUACAAGUCCCUGACCAUCUUCUCCAACAAUUGCAAACCAUACGCGCCGCCAUUAACCACCUCACGCGCCAGCAACCUUCCGCCUCCUCUCAAUCCAAACCUACCAUCCCCUCCGAUCUCCUUCUGUUUUCCCGCUUAUCCCCCAUAGCUUCUUCCUGCCAUAAUCACCCUGAUCUUCUUCACAAGUAUAUGACCUACACUCCUUACUCUCCUUGCCCUCCUGAUUCUGAUGUUGCUGAGUCUUUAAUCCUCCGUGGUUGCCACCCACUUCCACGCCGCCGAUGCUUUUCCAAAACCCCAUCAAAACCCCCUUCUUCUCUCCCUCAUAAUCCUUUCCCUUCCUCAUUUUCUGACUCCAACAUAAUCUGGGCUCAGUAUUCUUGCAAAUCCUUUUCUUGUCUAGCCAAACAAACCCCCAAUCUUGGUUUUGAUAUAAGCGCUGAGAUCUCAAAAUUUAUGACUUAUAAAACAGAGCUCGACCUCCCAAUUCCACAGCUACUACAAAUAUCAAAAUCAGCUAAUUCUGUGAUCAGACUCGGUAUUGACAUCGGCGGCAACACUGGUACUUUUGCAGCACGAAUGAAACACUACAACGUGACUAUAAUCACUACCACAAUGAAUUUCAACUUACCCAAUAACGAAGUGGUGGCAAUCAGAGGUUUGGUACCACUUCACAUGCCAUUACAGCAGCGGUUGCCGGUUUUUGAUGGGGUGGUGGAUCUGGUAAGAUGUGGACGUGCAGUGAACAGAUGGAUACCAUUGAAGAUGAUGGAGUUUAUGUUCUACGAUGUAGAUAGAGUGUUGAGAGGUGGUGGGUACUUCUGGUUGGAUCAUUUCUUCAGCAAAGGGGUAGAUCUUGAUAAAAUUUAUGGACCUUUGAUUUGGAAAUUGGGUUACAAGAAGGUGAAGUGGGCAGUUGGGAAUAAGACUGAUUCAGGUGGCUUGAAGAAUAGGCAGGUUUACUUGACAGCUCUCUUGCAGAAGCCUGUAUCAAGAUGAGAGAUGGAUAUUGGACUAUUAGCCUAUUGGUAACUUGACUCUUGUAGUUUACAAUGGCAACCACUUGCUGUUGCUGGUAUAUUUUCUUUUGCAGUCUGUAUAUGCACAUGAAUUUAGCCUUCACUGUUCAACUUGAUGAC